AUGUUUAGGCAAUUUGGUACUCUACUGUUGUCGGCAAUUGCUGUUAGUGCAAUUGACAUUCAUGUCUCUAGCACAGGCGGCAAUGCCUCCUCACCUCACAUGUACGGUCUUAUGUUCGAAGAUAUCAACCACUCCGGGGAUGGAGGUAUCUAUGCCGAGCUAAUUCAAAACCGAGCAUUUCAGGGAAGCGUUCCGUUCCCUUCAACAAUAUACCCUUGGGAACCAGUCGGAGGUGCUGUGCUUGCUCUCCAAAACACCUCGGUUCCAUUAUCAAAGGCAUUGCCCACAUCUAUCAAUGUCUCAGGAAAGGGCAAGAUUGGAAUCUCCAAUCCUGGGUGGUGGGGUAUUGAUGUCAAGAAACAAAAGUACACUGGUAGUUUCUGGACAAUGGGAGCGUACAAAGGGAAAUUCAGCCUCAGUCUACACUCUAAUCUCACCCAUCAAGUUUUCGCCAAUACCGUGCUCCCAUCCAAAUCGAAGUCUGGAAAAUGGACAGAGCACACUUUCGAACUAGAGCCACGCGAAGCGGCACCCAACAGCAACAAUACCUUUACAAUACAGUUUGACUGUUCUGGGGAGUCUAUCAACUUCAAUCUCAUCAGUUUGUUUCCACCAACAUACAAGAAUCGACCGAACGGGAAUCGACCUGAGUUGAUGGAGGCAUUGAAAGCGCUCAAUCCUACAUUCUUGCGUAUGCCUGGAGGAAACAAUCUUGAGGGCGAUGUAUCCCGAUAUCCAUGGAGAUGGAACGAAACGCUAGGCCCUCUCAAGGAUCGUCCAGGACGACCAGGAACGUGGUCUUACCAAAAUACCGACGGCCUCGGACUUCUCGAAUACUUCCAUUGGUGCGAAGACCUUGAAGUCGAGCCGAUCUUGGGAGUUUGGGCUGGAAUGUUCCUCGGAACCGAAGAGGGCCAUAUUCUCUCCGCUGAGGCUUUGGCCCCAUGGGUCCAAGACACUUUGAACGAGCUUGAAUUCAUUCUUGGCGAUGUAAACACAACCUACGGUGCUCUUCGUGCCUCCCUUGGCCACCCAGAGCCUUUCUACCUUAGAUAUGUCGAAGUUGGCAAUGAGGACAAUCUCAACAACGGUGGACCAUCCUACAGUAACUACCGUUUCCCGAUGUUUUACAAUGCUAUUACCGCCGCAUACCCAAAUUUGACCAUCAUCUCUUCGACUGGAGACUUUACUGCGCUCGGCGGAUCUGGUUCAUCCGCAUCGUGGACUGAUUACCACAUUUAUUCUCGUCCAGAUAAUUUAGUAUCACGAUUCGGACAGUUCGACAAAGUUUCUCGUGAGCACAAAACAGUCGUCGGCGAAUAUGCUGUUAUCCAGGAAAACAAGAAAAAUGUUUCAGCUGUGGAGUGGGACCUUCCUAAGUAUAAAAAUCCUGUGUGGUCAGGUGCUGUAGCGGAAGCUGUCUGGACCAUGGGUGCUGAAAGGAAUGGUGAUGCCGUUAUGGGUUUGGCUUAUGCGCCUGGAUUCCAGAACUUGAAUUCAUACCAGUGGGCUCCUGAUCUCAUCUCUUUUACUGCCAAUCCAGCACAAACCGUACUCUCGGUCUCAUACAGAGUGAUUGAGCUCUUCGGGAGCAACACCCACAAAGAAACCGUACCUGCAGUCUCGAAUUCUAGUUUCGGUCCCGCAUAUUGGGUUGCAGGGACCAAUGGCCCAUCCAAAUAUGUUUUCAAAACUGCGAUCUACAAUUCUACAGCAAACGUUCCGUUCAAUGUAAAGUUUGAUGGUAUUGCUGCAGGAACGAAGGGCAAGCUGACGGUUCUGAGCGCCCCUGAUGGAUUGAGUGUCAAUGCUCUGAACAAAGAAGAUGGCACCGGUGUUGUGGUGGAGACCACCGAGAAGCGAGUGCAAGACUUGACUGCUAAGGAUGGGGGAGUCUUUGGGUUUGAGCUCGCAAAUUACGAGGUUGCUGUUCUGACAACCUAA